UACGGUUACACGCUAGUGUAGUUGCUAAUUCCCAUUCCAACGUAAGGAAUGCAAGAGAGAGGGGGGGAAAUAACUCCCGUUCCCCGGGUCUACAGGAGAACUCUCUCCGCCCCGGCCCAACACGAAGGCACAAAGAUUGUUCUUCAAGCCCAGCCUGCUCCCCCCCUCCUUGAACACCUGUCUGUUAACCUCUUCUGCGCCGAAAUUCCAGAGAGACUUGUCGCCCGGAGACGAGCCCUGAUCUUGUUUAUGGGCAGACCAGCGUGCCAGAGGUCGCUGCCAGCGCGGAAUUCAUUGUGUUCGGAAUGAACGGAGGUGCUGUUUAUUCAACCGCGUCGCUGCCUGGCUGGUGGGAGGGGGAGCGGAGUAAACUCGCUCUUUUGUGCUAUAGUCGCAGUUUAGCGAAGCCUUUCACCCGUGCCUUUGUCAGUGCACGGAGUUGCUGGUCGCACUAACCGGCUGGCGUUUUAAAAUCACCCACUGCUUCACGCACUCCACAAAAAAAAAUUCAACUGACCGGAUAAUAUCUACCGGGAACCCCCGUGCGACGUUGCCUGCGAGGCGGAGGUUCCUCGACGAGAGAGUCGACCGGGACAUUGUUCAGCGCCUCCUGAGCCACCUUGUUAAUCUACAAUCUGGGAGAGGGUCACCGAGAAAAGCAAUCGGCCCGUGCGCGCAGAUUCAUCCCUUCCGAGACAACUUGCGCCCGAGAUGAAGAAAUGAGGAGCCCCUGAGAAAAUUGACAGUCAGCAGCGCUGGGAGAUCAUGGGGACUGCUGUCGUUCUCCUCGUUCUGCUGCUGGGGCUACUCAGUGAGCAGUCAGCGGCAGAGAUGAAUCUUGAGCAGUGCCGCUUUGCGCUGGGUAUGCAGGAUUCAAUCAUCAGGGAUGAAGACAUCGUGGCGUCCAGCAUGUGGUCAGAGUCCACUGCAGCGAAACACGGCAGGUUGGGGACGGAGAAUGGCGAUGGAGCCUGGUGCCCAGCCAAAUCGGUGUCGCAAAAGCCCAGCGAGUUCCUGCAGGUGGACCUGCGGCGAUUGUACUUCAUCACGCUGGUGGGCACACAGGGCCGCCACUCCAAUGGACACGGCAACGAGUACGCCCGCCUUUACAGCCUUCAAUACAGUCGGAACGGCAAGGACUGGAAGACCUGGAGAGACCGGAGUGGCAUCGAGGUGAUCACGGGCAACUCAAACCCCUACGAUGUGAUCCUGAAGGACCUGGGGCCUCCGAUCAUCGCCCGCUAUGUGCGUUUUUACCCAAUGGCGGACCGCGUGAUGAGUGUGUGCAUGAGGGUGGAGCUCUAUGGCUGCCCCUGGGAAGAUGGCCUGAAGUCGUACAAGGUCCCUAUGGGCCAGGUGAUGAAUGUGUCAGGGCUGCUCCCAGUCAACCUCAAUGACUCCACGUACGAUGGCAGCCGGAUCGGAAGGUUGCACUACGGAGGCCUGGGGCAGCUAACGGACGGGGUCUUGGGGCUAGAUGACUUCACCCAGAGCCAUGAGCUGCGGGUCUGGCCUGGCUACGACUAUGUGGGCUGGCGGAACAGCACGCUGGGCCGUGAUCACGUGCAGAUCGAGUUCUUCUUUGACCAGCUCAGCACGUUCGACUACAUGAAGGUCCAUUGCAACAACAUGUUCACCUACCACGUGAAGGUGUUCCGAAAGGUGGAAUGCUUCUUCAAACAGAGUGUGACUGGCUCCUGGGAUCCGGGUCCUGUCAGCUACACCAUGGUCCAUGACGACAAGAACCCCAGCGCCCGCUUCGUCAAGGUGCCUCUAAACCAACGGGUUGGCCAGGUGGUGCGCUGCAACUUCUACUUCGCUGACGCCUGGAUGAUGUUCAGCGAGGUCACCUUCCGCCUGGGCUCCAAAACCACGACUCCGCUCCACACGGAUCUAAAGCCACGCGGUCCCGCCCCGCCAGAACUGGGAACCGUAAUCCCACCAGCAAGACAGUCCACCGCCAAUCACCGGGUGGAUGCUAUGAUUCCCACCAUCAGUAACCUAGACAUGGAUUCAUCGGUGAACAUAUCCCCGGAUUCUGGCCGCCCCGUCGCCAAGGCCGACCACAGCAACACCUCCAUGCUGAUUGGUUGCCUGGUGGCCAUCAUCCUCCUUCUCCUAAUUGUCAUCUUCAUCAUCCUGUGGCGGCAAUACUGGAAGAAGAUUCUUGGGAAGGCUCAGCGGCGGAUCUCAGACGGUGACUUGACCGUGAGGCUCUCCACUCCCGGCGACACCAUCGUCAUCAACAACACCCAGACCAGCGGGGCCACCAGCCGCCACUCCAACCUGUACGAGCGCAUCAGUUCCGGGGAGCUGGAAUACCAGGAGCCCAGCAGACUGCGGAUGAAACUGCCCGAUCUGCCGCAGGGAGCCGCUGAUGGAGACGCUCUCCUGUUAAACAACCCAGCCUAUCACCUCUUACUCUCUGCAAACCCUCACCCGAUUGGAGGCCCUGGCUGCUCUAAGGACCAGCUUAAGCCAAUCAACACAGAUGCAUGCAAUGGGGAGUACGCGGAGCCUGACCUCACCAAGAUGGCCGUUCAGACGGGCUUCCCCAACAGCGUGCCCCACUACGCCGAGGCUGACAUCAUCAACCUGCAGGGAGUGACCGGAAAUAACACGUAUGCCGUCCCUGCUAUCGCCAUCGACAUGCUGGCUGGAAAGGAGGUCACUGUUGGCGAGUUCCCACGGCAACGCCUUGUCUUCCGGGAGAAGCUGGGGGAGGGCCAGUUUGGGGAGGUUCACCUGUGCGAAGUGCAUAACCCUCAGGAGCUAGAGGACCUAGGAACCCCCCUCAAUGUCCGCAAAGGUCGCCCCCUGAUGGUGGCCGUGAAGAUGCUGCGCUCGGAUGCCACCAAGAAUGCUAGGAAUGAUUUCUUGAAGGAAGUGAAGAUCAUGUCGCGGCUGAAAGACCCCAACAUCAUCCGGCUGCUGGGCGUGUGCGUGAGGGACGACCCGCUCUGCAUGAUCACCGAGUACAUGGAGAAUGGGGAUCUCAACCAGUUCCUCAGCCAGCACGAGCUGGGAGACAAGUUCGCAAUGGCCACCAACGUUCCGAGCAUCAGUUAUCCAAGUCUCGUGCACAUGGCCAGCCAGAUCGCUUCAGGCAUGAAGUACCUGGCUUCAAUGAACUUCGUUCACCGAGAUCUCGCCACGCGGAACUGCCUGGUUGGCGAGAACUACACCAUCAAGAUCGCUGACUUCGGGAUGAGCCGAAACCUGUACGCGGGCGACUACUACCGGAUCCAGGGGCGGGCCGUGCUCCCCAUUCGCUGGAUGGCCUGGGAAAGCAUUCUGCUGGGCAAGUUCACCACCAGUAGCGACGUCUGGGCCUUCGGCGUGACCUUGUGGGAGAUCCUGGUGCUCUGCAAGGAGCAACCCUACUACCACCUCACAGAUGAGCUGGUCAUUGAGAACGCAGGCGAGUUCUUCAGGGAGCAGGGCAAGCAGGUCUACCUCCCCCGCCCAGCCAUCUGCCCGCAAGCCCUCUACAACGUCAUGGUGAGCUGCUGGAGGAGGGAUGCCAAGGACCGGCCAACCUUCCAGCAGAUCCAUCAGUUCCUCACAGAGGAUGCCAUGAACAUGGUGUAGACAGGACUUGGGCCGGGUGAAUCCGGCUGAUGCCAUCUCCGAGACCGAAGGCCAUCGCAUUGAGGAGGGUCUUUCGUGAGCUGCUGCCGCUGUAGGAGCUUCGCCUUAGGGCCUGGGGUUGGAACCUCUGGUAUUCGUAGGUUUACUUUCCUUUCGUCUUGCAGUAGUCACUUGAACAGAACUUGAUUGCCAACCAAUCUUUCUGCACUUGGGCUCUCUGGCACACCUUGCUCCGUGGAAGGGUGGUGGCGCACGGGCUUCACAACAAGUUCCAAUCCCCACCGCUGUCUCAGGACCACACACUGAAUGUUCAGGUGGAACCCGGGAGUCAGAUUCUGCCCCCACCCCCACCCCAGCCUUCCACCCUCCCUCCUCCCCAUGAAUUGCAUGGGAAAAGCCUGUUGAAGGACUGAGAACUGCGAGCCUUUUGGAUUUUUUUAAUUUUUUGGGAAAAACACUGGAAUUUGGAACUUUACUGUGGGUCAAAAGGUCUCUGUGACAUCUCUCCUUGUAGCUCACGGUGCUCCAUCUCAGCUCCCUGCUGCCAGUGGGGAGCGACAUUUUGCGCAUCGUCUCACCACCUCUGUGGUCUUGGCCAGAACAUACUACUGUGAUACAGAAUGCUCGUUUGACUACUAAGGCUUAACCCACUGGAGCAAGAGGAAGAGUGAUUGGGAUGUGUGUGUGUGUCUGUCUCUUUGUGAAGGCAUGUAGGUGUCAUUAAGUGUAUACAAGUCUAUUUGCUUGCCUCUUUGAGAGAGAGCGAGUGUGCGUGGAUGUGUUCCAAAAUAUCAAGUUUCUGGAGGAGCCCAACAGGAACUUGCCUCUUUGUUAGCAUGCGUACAUUCUGACGAUCUGAUGAGUGUGCACAUAUAUUGUGGUUCAUGUGGUUUUGUCAGAAUGUCAAGAAUGUACUCGAGCACAUCUAUGUGAGUUUGCUCACUGGUGAGCCAGCAAGAAAGUGUGCAUGUGUGUAACUGUGUAUUUGUGUGUGUCUACCCAAGUACAUCUGUAAAUGUGUGCAUGUGUAUACAUGUGUACCUGUAAAUGUGCACACAUGUAUGAAUGGGUGUGUGUGUGUGUAUAUAUAUAUAUAUAUAUAUACACACACAUAUGUGUGUAUCUCUAAUAUAUACACACACAUACACAUAUACACACCACGUAUCUGUAAGUGUGUGUGCACGUGUUGACGUAUGCAUAUGUGUAAAUAUGUGAACAUGUAUAUAUUGUGUGUGUGUGUGACAUACAGUAUGUGUAUCUGAAUGUGUACAUGUGUAUAUAAGGUUUGCGCAUGUGUGUAUGUCCACAUAUGUAUAUCUGCGAAUGUGUGAACAUGUGAGUUUGUGUGUGUGUGCGCAUUUCGGAGUGUGAGAGAGUUGCUGUUAAAUGUUUACUCCAAUCACAAAUACAAAAUUAACUGAACACUCCAGCUUCAUCGAGGUGGAGUGAGUGCAAUCCUGGUAUCAGCAGAACUACAGCCACUGAUCCACCCAAAAUGCAAAUGCAUUCUCGACGGGUCACAGAAUUCCUGCAGCAUGGACUUCACUGCCUGGGUCAACACUGGACUACUGCAAACUGACUUGAUCAGCCAGCACCCUCCCCCACCCCCGCACUAAAGUUGGGGUGUCAUUUCUCUGUCACUCUGUCUGUCUCAGUGGUGGGAUCAGCGAUGCUUGAAUUUCUACAUUAAUCCUAACUAAUCACACAGACAUUUUUAGUUGAUUUGACAACAAGUCUCUCAGGCGAUUCUCUGGAAUUCACUGACAAGGCUGACCUUGGGCAAUGAUUUUACUCAUUCUACAUCCUGACUUAGCAUGACGUGAAUUGGGGAAGCUCCUUUUCUGGUUCUACUUGGCUUCCAAAGGGAAGGAAUGUAUGUCCGAUGAACGGGACAGAUUCGGGUUGAAGACUAAUGGGCUGUGUCAACGUGAGGAUUCUGCCUUCAGUCGGAGGAACCCUCCAGGAUAGAGACAAAAUCAGGGGUUUGGAGUCAUCCAACGUGUCUUAACUACUGAAUGUGCAUCUGACUACUCAAUGGACCAGAAGCUGAGAGUCUGAGAGCUUUACUAGGACAUUUGGCAUUGCUCCCCAAUACUUCAGGUGCACCAUGACCUCAAGUUAUUCAUCAAACCAUUGCCUUUCUCCCACACUGCUCAGCCAGUGGGGUGACAAACAAGUCCAACAAUCCCCUCCCAGUCAAUGGAUUUCACAGGCCAUUAUUCAACCCGGUGAAAGAUUUGAUUCACGGAGUUGGCUUUAACCCAACUUUGGGGGGGCUGUUUGUUGAAACCUGGCAGGGGGGGAGGAAAACAUCAGAUUCUGGCUAGACUUGGGCCCUAAGGAGCAGUCCACAAUUCCGGUGAGUUAGCCUAGUUCACCCCAUGCAACAUUGAGAUGGGACAGAGAGUGCAUAGAGACACAGUCAUGUCUGGUUCCACUCUUUCAUUCCCCGUAUAGUAUCCAGUCUGGUCCUGACAUUAGAAUCCGGGGGGGGGGGGGCGGGUGUGGGGGCAGAGUAUGUGAUGUAAAGUGAGAUAGGGUAGGCAAAUGCUUUUGAUUCCCAUUUUUCUUGACGUGAAUGAUGCUGGUCAUCAUUGGGAGUGCAGAGAAGUGCAUCAAUCAGCAACCUUCUAUGCAAUUCAUAAACUACCUUCCACCCACCCUCCACCUCUGCCACCUUCCUCAUCCCCCCCCCACCCCCAUCACAAAUGUAGCGCCGGCGCCCGGCAGCAUUCAUUGCCCAUUCCUAACUGACCCAACACCCAUUGGUCCCUGUAGCAAGUCACCUGGUUAGGAUGGAGAUCACUCUUAGUCACAAUGAAAGCUAUAAUGGGCUUGAGGGGCUGAAUGGCCUUCUCUGGUCAUUGCAGUGGGUCUGGAGCCAUGAAUAGAACUUUGCUAUGAAAGCCCACCAAUACAUGCAGGUAGUCAGUAUGACGCUUCAUUGAUAUCAAGUAAAUGUAGUUUAAAUCCCAUCUCUGCCUCCGUGAGUGAGUAUUGUAACCACAAUAGGCAACUGACCGGACCCACCCCUCGCACCCCUCAUUCAUCUCACCCACCCCACAGUACAGAAAUCCCACAAGCUGGCUUGUAAUACUCUGAAAUAUACAGGGUCUGGAGAUGACUUGAUUGAAGGAGUGUUUUUGGGUGGGGUGGGGGAGUGUGGAUGUUAAAGAGCCAAUGAAAGAUAUUCCUGCUGAUGGAAGUUUGAGGAAAGAGGAGAGAACCUUACUGGAAACCCAGUCCAGGAACUCUCAGAAUGAACAUGAGAUUCUGCUUGCUGGAAAUCCAGAGUAACACGCAUGUGCACACAUGCAGCGUUGGAUGAACUCAGCAGGUCAGGCAUAAUCUAUGGAGAGGAAUAAACAGUGGACGUUUGGGGUGAGGACCUUCAGGACUCUCUUGAACUGAAGGUUGAAAUGUGGGGCUUCAAUCUGGGCACGUUCUAAUUCCACUAAUGGGUUCUGCCCUGGGUAGAUGGGGGCUGGCAGAGCAGGAGGGUGAAAGGGCUUAGGGCUUGGGACAUGGACCAGUCUCCAUCACAUUAAAAGGCUGGGGGGUCUGAGCUUCACCACCGCUACCCUAUAAAGCAUUAAACUGCAAAAAUGUCCGAGCAUAUAAACUGUACCAAUCUAGUCAGAUGAGUUACAAACCAAAGGCAGAAAAUGUCGGCAGAUCUUUCUCAGCCAGUCAAGCAGCACGUGUGGAAAGAGUGCGUAGUUAAUGUUUUGGAUCAGAAAUUCUCAAUGCAAACCAGAGACUCUGUGAGACUCUGACGCAUGGGACAGGCCGAGUUCCUAGACACCACUGUUCUGUUUCGGAUUCCGGUCUGGUUUUAGUUUCAGUCCUGCAAACCCAAAAUGUCCACUGUUUCUUUCCUCCCACAGAUGCUGCUCUGUAUGUUGCUCCAGAUUCCAGCAUCUGCAGUCUCUCAUGUCACCUGAUUAGUUUGCCUGUGUAUGGGUGUGUUAGUAUAGAAUCACCAUCAGGUAUUAUUCUAAAGUGUUGAAGCUGGCAAUAUUCGUUUUAUCUUGCGUACACUGUUCACCACGAAUCUCGCGUAGAUAUGGUGCUGUCAUCUCGUCGUUUAAUGUUUGAACUCUUCCUUUGGAGAAGUGUAUAGUUUCCUACCAGUCCAACUACUGCUCAGGUGGGUACUUUGAACAUCCUGCCUUCAAAUCCAGGAAUAGGGUGGUCAUUUGUUCUUGAACCAUUCAAUGUAUCACAGGUACUGUGGAUGUUUAAGAUUGUAGGUGAGGAGGAAUUGCACUCAGUGGCCGCUUUACUGGGCAUGCUCGUACACCUCAUUAAUGCAAAUAUCUAAUCAGCCAAUCAUGUGGCAGCAACUCAACACAUGAAAGCUUGCAGACGUGGUCAAGAGGUUCAGUUGUUCAGAUCAAACAUCAGAAUAGGGAGGAAAUGUGAUCUAAGUGACUUUGACCAUGGAAUGAUUGUUGAUGCCAGGCUGAGUGAUUUGAGUGUCUCAGAAAUUGCUGAUCUCUUGGAAAUUGUAAGCACACCGUCUCUGGGGUUUACAGAGAAUGGUGCGAAAAACAAAAAAUACAUCCAGUGAGUGUUUUUUCUAAGGAUGGAAACACCUUGUCAAUGAGAGAGAUCAGAGGAGAAUGGUCUGACUGGUUCAAGCUGACAGAAAGGGGACAGUAACUCAAAUGACCAUGUGUUGCAACAGUGGUGUGCAGAAGAACAUCUCUAUACGCACAACACGUCGAAACUUGAAGUGUAUUGGCUACACUGGGCCCCACUGCUGUACCUAAUAAAGUGGCCACUGGGUGUAUAUGUGUAGUAUAAAUUUAUUGAUGUAUACGGUGAAAUAUUAAUGGGUAUUUUUUUUUCUAAUCCUUUUGUGUCAUGGUGGAAUCAAGUUGUCCUGAAUUCUGUGGGGGCUGUGUGUAAAUAUUUUACAAAGAGAUUUUUACACUAAUAUAUAUGAAAUCACUUUAACGCUUCUCGGUAGACCUUGUUCUUGCUUGCAUUGCUGUAGAUGUUUGUAAUAAAGUGUCAUUUGAGUGUUUAAUGCGUGCGU